CUUACAAAAAGUACUGAGCAAGUAUCUCCCUCAAAGUCAUCUACCUUUCUUAAUAUUUCUCUCUCUCUCUCUCUCUCUAUCUUCCUCUCUCAUCAAAGUUUCCUUCACCACCUGACAUGGGAUUAAAAGGGGGGUUUGAUUGUCAGCUGAGAUGAUCACUCUCUCCUUUCUGUCUAUUUACUCUUCUUAGAAACUCUGCAUUCAAUUUUUUUUUUCUUUUUUCCUUUGAACUUUCACUCUCAAAAUCUUCAAAUCUGGCCGGACUUGAUUCAUCUGAAGAAGCACUCAGAGCUUGUGGUGAUGGCUGCGCCGCCCAAUAACAAGCUGCAAAAUAUGUUGCAGGCGGCGGUGCAAUCCGUUCAAUGGACUUACAGUCUCUACUGGCAAAUUUGUCCACAAGAAGGGAAAUUAGUGUGGAGUGAAGGGUACUACAAUGGAGCAAUCAAGACCAGAAAAACAGUACAACCGAUGGAGGUUAGUGCGGAGGAGGCAUCCUUACAAAGAAGCCAACAACUAAGAGAACUCUACGAAUCAUUAUCCGCAGGAGAGACCAACCAGCCAGUGCGUCGUCCUUGCGCCUCCUUGUCACCGGAGGACUUGACGGAGUCCGAGUGGUUUUACUUGAUGUGUGUCUCAUUCUCAUUUCCCCCCGGCGUAGGGUUACCAGGGAAGGCAUAUGCAAGGAGGCAGCAUGUAUGGCUUACUGGAGCAAACGAGGUCGACAGCAAAACAUUUUCAAGAGCUAUUCUUGCUAAGGGCGCUCAAAUACAGACUGUGGUAUGCAUUCCUCUUCUUGAGGGUAUUAUCGAACUCGGCUUCACAGAUAAGGUUAAAGAAGACCUUGCAUUUGUCCAACAUAUCAAAACCUUCUUCAAUGACCAAAACACCCAGCACCACCUUCCACCCCCACCCAAACCAGCCCUCUCCGGACACUCCACCUCCAAUCCUCCUUCAUCCAACCACCUUCGAGGUUUCCACUCUCCUCCACUCCCCGCCACCUACGCCGCCACUGAUCCUCCUGUAAUCUCCAAUCAAGUGGAGGAUGAAGAGGAAGAUGAUGACGAAGAUGAAGAAGAGGAGGAGGAGGAGGAGGAGGAGGAGUUGGAUUCUGAAACCCAAAUGGCACGCAAUAGCAUCGCGGUGCCAGCUCAGAACGGUGACGCUGUAGCCGAGCCGAGUGAGCUGAUGCAGCUGGAAAUGUCGGAGGAUAUACGGCUCGGCUCGCCUGAUGAUGCUUCCAAUAAUCUGGACUCCGAUCUCAACUUGCUGGGAGGGAAUAUCAAUGCGGUGGAUCAGCAAGGGCUAGCUGACUCGUUUAGGGCUGAGUUGACUCGACGGUGGCAGGUGAUGCAGGGCCCGUUGAGUAGUAGCCUUCAACUACCACCCAAUUCAGGUACAAACUCUGGUCCCACUUCGCUAAAAGAUCCAGAGAUUGCAGAAGACAAGCACUACUCCCAAACGGUCUCCACCAUCAUCGAAAGCCAACAAACACGAUGGGCCGAGUCAUGCUCCACGGCCUACUUGCCUUACUCUACCCAAUCAGCUUUUGCCAAGUGGACUACCCGAUCUGACCACCACCACCUCCUCCACGUCCCCGUGGAUGGCACCUCCCAGUGGCUACUCAAGUACAUUCUCUUCAGCGUACCUUAUCUGCACACCAAAUACCGCGACGAGAACUCUCCAAAAUCACGCGACGGAGACUCCACGCGCUUCCGUAGAGGAACGCCGCAGGACGAGCUCAGCGCCAACCACGUCCUCGCCGAGCGCCGCCGCCGCGAGAAGCUCAAUGAGAGAUUCAUCAUAUUGAGGUCACUCGUCCCGUUCGUGACCAAAAUGGACAAGGCCUCCAUUUUGGGGGACACAAUCGAGUACGUGAAGCAAUUGCGGAAUAAGGUUCAAGAUCUCGAGGCGCGUAACCGUCAGACGGAGACUGAUCCACGGUCAAGAUCGGCGGAGCCAGGACUGCAGAGGAGCAGUGAUUUGAGUUUGAAUGAGCAAAGAAGCGGAGUAACGGUUGUGGAACGGGCCAGGGUGGGCCUUGGGCCUGGGUCAGAUAAGAGGAAAUUGAGAAUUGUGGAGGGGAGUGAUGGCGCUGCUAAGCCCAAGACGGUGGAGCCGCCGGUAAUUGAGGCGGGGACAUCCGUGGAGGUUUCUAUUAUAGAGAGCGACGCAUUGUUGGAGCUGCAAUGUGCGCACAGGGAAGGAUUGUUGCUUGAUAUAAUGCAAUUGUUGAGGGAGCUCCGGAUUGAGACCACAGCAGUCCAGUCUUCUUCCAUUAAUGGUGUUUUUGUUGCAGAAUUAAGGGCCAAGGUGAAGGAGAGUAUUGUAAAUGGGAAGAAGAUUAGCAUUACAGAGGUGAAGAGGGCAGUUAAUCAAAUAAUAGCAGAAUCAUGAUGACAAAGCAUUUACAGUAUAGAAAUAAAUCUAAGUAGAAGUUAAUACUACCUUAUACCUGACUUAGUCUCCGAUUUUGGGUAGCUCUUUGUACAGAUUAAUUAGUAGUGACAUUUAUCAGAAAAUAAUAGCUGUUAAGAAAGUCCUGCCCUAACUAAAAUGGCUCCUUUGAUUCCUGUUCCCUUUGAUUUGAUGACUAAAAUGGCCGA